GAAAAGGGAAGCAAGUAAAAGCAGUGAGGAAGAGGUCGUCGUCGAAGUGUUGAAAAUUGAGUUUCAUUGAAAAUUUGUGUCAAAUAAAAAAAUGGACGUUAAAAAGAUUCGUUGAAAGUUGUUAAACUAAUCGUAUACAUACUUUUUUAGCAGUAUUAAAUAAAAAAUUAACGCAUGUUCGUUCAAUGUAGAUGAAAGUGUGAAACGAACGUGAAAAAUCGAAGUGAAAAAGUGAGGCCAGCCUCAGCAGCAGCGGUAGAGGCAGCGGCAGUCCAUUGAAAAGAUUGAUAGACCAAUUAAAAAAUUUCGUGUCCGGCGAAUACGAAGAGAGAUAAACGAAACGAUAACAAGUGGGUAGUGUAUAAUUUGGACAAAACAAAGUGUGUGAAAAGGUAGAGGAAAGAAACUGUUCAUGUACUAUAUUGAGGGAGUGCGUGCGCCGCAUGCAAAACACAUUGUUCGCUGAUCAGUAUAACACUGCUUAUCAAGUGAGGGCCGCAGCAAUAAAAUUUAAUAACAGCAGUUAUCGUCUAUCGUGUUGGCCACAGCGAUGGCUGUAAAAGUGCAAUUCGAGAUCGGUCAUACGGCGAGGUUGCGCAGCAAGAAAACACCAGAAGGCUUCACUCACGAUUGGGAGUUGUAUGUGCGCGGUGUUAAAGAAGCAGAUAUCAGCACCUAUGUUGACAAGGUCGUUUUUAAUUUACACGAUUCCUUUCCAAAGCCAAAGAGGGUUUCCAACAAGCCGCCAUACGUUAUCACCGAAUCUGGUUACGCCGGUUUCUUGGUGCCGAUAGAUAUAUAUUUUCGUAACCGCGAUGAGCCAAAGCGUAUACAAUUUACUUACGAUUUAGAUUUGCAGCAAACUGGUCCACCACAUCAUCGGUUCGAGGUGCAAAAGUUUGUUUUCGACCAUGUUUCGGAGGAUUUUCGACAAAAGCUGCUCAAAGGAGGCGGCAUACCAGUGACUGGUGCAGGCGUAGUUGGCGGUGGCGCCGUACCCCCGACCAAUACCACGCCGAAUGCUGCUAUCAGUGAUGAAGGUGGUGGUAUGAUUAGCAAACCAAAACUGAGUAGCGGCGAAGCAGUCGGUGGUAGCGGCGGUAAAAAACACAAAACUCGCGUUGAUGAUUCCAAGAGUAAUUCGUUUGCUAAUCUCUUUGGUACACCAAUAAAAAGCGGCUCUAGCAAACAUUCGCCAGAUGCUAAGAAUAACAGUUUGAAUGUCGGAGGCGGCAAAGGGGUACCUCACGCAAGCAGCGCAAGCGGUGGUGGCGGUGGUGGGGUAACACCUAACUCUGGCAGUAGCAAUGCGAACAACGCUAGUGCCAAGGAGAAGUCCAUUAAAGAACGUGACAAGAUGAGCAGCUCGUCAACGGCUUCCGCCGGUAGUAGCGAGAAGCCACGUGAAAAGUCUGAAAAGAAAGAAAAGCAUAAGUCGUCAUCUAGCCCACACAAAGAGCCGCGUAGUGAGAGCAAGAAAUCAUCCGGCGAGAGUAGCAAACAUGAAAAGCGCGAAGAAUCGAAGUCGAAGAAGGAUAAGUCACGAGAAAAAGAACGUGAACGCAGCCGAGAGAAAGCUGGCACCAAACGAUCGCUAAGCCCGAAAGCAAGUACGCGUGACGUUAGUGCCCCAAGCCCGAAACGGCCGACUCCACCCCGAUCUUCGUCGUCUGCAAGCGGGCGUGUGGAGGACGUAAAGCCAACGAAUAGUAGCAACAAAACGGAGGUUAAGGAAUCUAAGUCCCGCGAAGAUAAAUCUAGCUCAAGCGGCAAGAAAUCUAAGAAAGAAAAGAAAGACAAGGAUAAGGACAAAGAACGCGACAAGGAGCGUCGUGACGAGCACAAAGAAAAGCAUCGAAGUGUUGAAGGGAAAUCAAAAGAUUCAAAGGAAGAACGUCAUGGCGUUGCGGCCAACGUUGGCCCUAGUGGAGAUGCCAGCAAUGUAGCGCCUUCAACGGCAUCUAAUGGGAACGCUGUAGUAGCGGAAGCUAAAGAUCUCAAAGGCAAGCAAUCUCCCGCGAAUGUGAACGCCAAGAAGGCAGACAAAGAUGGCAAAGAUAAGGCGGAAGCAGCCAAGUUAAAGAACAAUGAUAAGACUGUCGAUAAAACCGCGCCGAUUGUUUCGGCAAACGGUACAAAUACUCAGGCAGCUACUGCACCGGCUGGCAGUGGGGAUAAGAAACCAACCGGCAUUUCAAGCACCCAAGGCAAAAAGGUAGAGAAAGAGAAUGACAAAGAAAAAGAAAAGGAAAAGGAGAAAGAAAAAGAAAAGAAGUCGCAUAAGCACAAGAAAAAGGACAAGAACAAAGACAAAGAUAAAGAACGAGAUAAAGAGCGUGACAAAGAGAGACACAAGGAAAAAGACAAAGAAAAAGACAAGGAAAAGGAAAAGGAAAAGGAUAAAGAAAAAGAAAAAGAAAAGGAAAAAGAAAAGGAAAAGGAAAAAGAUAAAGAUAAGGAAAAGGAUAAAGAUAAGGAUAAGGAAAAGGAUAAAGAUAAGGAUAAGGAAAAGGAUAAGGAUAAGGAAAAAGAGAAAGAGCGUGUGGAUGAGAAGAUACGCCCGGAAAAGACCCGGGAAUCUAAUGCGAAUGUAAAUGUAACGACAACUGCAGUCACCGUAGCUCCCGCUGCUACAGCGAUUACAACCGAAACACCAGCACCACUUGAACCGCCCAAGAAUGAACCGAGCAAUGCAAACCCCGCCCUUAACGCUGCCAGCAGUGUCGCAACCACUAACAGCAGCAGCACUGCAACAGCGGCCGCUGCACCAACAAAGAAGUCACAAAGUAAAGAAAAGAAGUCCAAAGAGAAAGCAUCCAAAGAAGAAAAGCGCAAUGCAGCCGAGGAAGGCGAAGUGGUGGAGGUCCGAAGAAGCACUAAAAAUGCUGCUAAAAGUGCUAACGCCGCCGCAUCAGUAACAUCAUUGGCAAGUACCCCUACUGUCCCAUUAAUGAACACCAAUACCGCUACCAACAACAACACCAAUAAUGAUAUGGGCGACGGCGCCAAAGCACAUUCGCCAGAGGAAACCCCACUGCCGACGAUAACCGCGGAGACAGCUGCAGGAACAGGCGCUUCAAAGACGACCUCUUCUACUGACCCUGUACCCGCCGCUUUGCAAUCGGAUAGCUCGAAUAGCAGUUUUCUGGAUAUACCACCAAAGCCGGUGGUAACCACAAAGCCGACAUCAUCGCCCACCACCAAAGCGGAGGUGACACCAGCAGAAAAGCCCGAGAAGUUGGCAGCCGCCAGCAUCAAAGAGUACAAGCAGCGUGGCAGCGAACGUAAUGCAAAGACGAAAGAUGGCGCCGACAAACAAGAUAAAAAGAUAGAAAAAGGAGAAAAGAAACGUCGACGAAGCUCUGUGGCAGCUGCCACCGUAUCAGUAAACACGUUCAUAGAACCUCCAAUCAAGCAAGCCAAAAAGGAGGCUAACAAAGCGGCACGAGAUCAAGCGAAGUCGCCUGCACUGCGACACAGCCGAGCCGCUAGCAUAAGCGGCCCACUCCUCGGCAUCAAUAACAGCAGCAGCAGCGGCAUUAACUCGAAUAACAUCGGCAAUGGCAACAACAGCAACAAUGCGCCCUCGCAAAACAAUAGCAGUUCUGCUUCUACUGAGGCACUCAAUAGUGGCGGGGCAUUUUUGCCGCCUCCCAAUAACACGACUGGCACCAGUGUAACUAGCUCGCCAGCCCCUCCAGCCACCGCUACCACCGCCAAUGCCAACGUCAGCAACACCAGCUCAAAUGUUGCCGCAACUGCGAGCGUUUCGACAGCUGCUGCAGCAGCGGCAGCGCCGCUGGCACCGCCUCACCCACUGCGACCCGCAUCACCGGCUGCGCCUGUCGGUGCGGCGGCCGCAGAGGCUGCAAGCGCCAACAGCGGUGCAACGCCCACGCCUGCAUUACCAACUGAAUAUUUAAGCGAAUUGCAGGAACUACAUCACAAAAUAAUGACGCUACAAGAUAAUGACGAGUUGCAACAGGUGGUCGAGAUGAUUGCGGCAACCGGCUGUUACGAGAUUACGGCCAAAACGUUUGAUUUCGAUCUAUGCAAGCUGGAUCGCAGCACUGUGCAGCGACUGCAAGAGUUCUUUGCGACAUCUGUGUCGUGACACAAAAUACAUGCCUAAAAUGGAGAAGUGCCUCGCAGCGGUGGCGGCUGGAAACGGAGCCAGAACGGCAGACGUGGCGAAAGGAGUGCCGACAAAGCAGCUCGUCUGUCUGCUAUUCAAGCCAACAAUUACCAGCUAGCAAAAAUUAAGAACAAGAAAGACAAAAAAACAAAAGCCGGAGAGUACAGUGUAGAGCGAAUUAGCGGGUGAUGUUCAGACGGUGAACUUGAAGAUAAUAUAGUAGUAAAUAGUAAGAGGCUUUAUUAAAAGCGAUUGGAAAAUGAUUAAAUAAUUGCUAAGCGAUAGUAAAACGCUUACUUUUUUAGCACUAGCUCAUAUGACACACCUACAUGCGCACACACAUCACACAAGACACAUUUGUAAAGAUGCGUUGGAUGCAAACGAAAAUAUUAUUCAUAAAUACUGACCUGAUGACUGCGUUUUUUCAAUUCUAGGUUGAUAACUGAUAGUUAUCAAUGAAAUUGACAAAAUAAUACUGUGAAUAACAAGAAGGUCGCUAAAUAUCAAGAGAAAAUUGAUAGUUAUCAACCUUUUGGUUAUUCACAUUUUGUCAAUUUGAUUGGUAGCAAUCAACUUUAAACCGAGAAAGGAUAAUCGCGAUAGGGGCCAUCGCAUUAUGAACUCAUUUGUACUCAAAAUUCUGCAAGAAAUACUUAUAACACUAGCAAAGAAUGAGAAGCUGUUCAUAUGAUAAUUGUUAGUAAAGUUAUACGAGUUUAAUUUUAGUAAAGCAAAUGAAGCUUACUUUCAGUAAUUAGACUCCUUUAUAGUUUAAUGAGAAAAAUUUAUGUUAUUCCUUUAUUUUAAUGUUAUGGUCUUUUUCGUUUUUGUUUAUACUAACAGUAAUACGUUUUUAACAUCAAGUAUCCAAACUGUUUUCUUUACCUCAAAAAAAAUUUAAACUAAAAGAUAGGCAAAGUCUAUACCCGUUUAUAUAUAUUUUUUUUAUGGUACAUAUAGUGAGCUCUAGUAAUGAACAAUGAAUUCCUUCGGCCUAAUCGCAAAUUUCAUAUGAACAAAUGUUCCUAAAGAUUUUAAAGCAAAAUAAGUAAAAGCUAUUUUUUCCAUUUUUUUUUUGUUUUGCCUGUUAAAUUAUGGGAACGAUUUAUUUACAUAGAAUUGGCGAUCAGGCUGAUUAUUUCUCCUUUGACGACGACGAUUACACUGCAGAAAUAAGCUUUGUCUUCAUUACUUGCCGCUGAUAGUGCAUAUAUGUACGUGUGUAUGUAUAUGUAUACAUUUAAUAAAACAGAUUGCAUACUAAACUUUCAUUUUGUUCAUCACUUGGACAUUUGAGAAGACAUCUAAGCAUUUGAAUAUCAUAAAUACUGAUCUGAUGAUCCAUAGUACACAGAUUCCCAAGUAACUCAUCGAUUUUUUAGUUUUAAUUCAUUAAGUUAAUUAUAGGUUUUAGUUUUCAUUACACUAAGAAAACUAAUGAAGAACUUAGUAAACAUCGCACAAGUGUGUAUUAAAUAUAACACUUCCAUAUACAUAUAUGCAUAUAUUGCUGUACCUACAAAAAAUACUACAGGAAUGUUGUAUUAGUAUGUAUGUUGUAGUUUAAGACUAGUUUUAAUAAAGUUUUUUUCUCUCUCUAGAAUCUAAUUCUUAUGUUUUUCAAUUUGAACUUUAAAAGCACUUUAGAAAAUUGCUAAAUAGAUUUUGUUAUGUGAAUUGUUUGAAAUAAUUUAAUUGUGAAACUACUAUAUUCCUUUUCUUUAGUUGAAUGUAAACCACAUUGUAUGAAAUAUGCUAGAUCAGCUAAUUUCUGUUUGGAACAAUAAAAGAGGUAUUUAUAAUAUAUAGGAAAAGAAAUAUAUGUCUAUGUGACGGGGAAUGUUAAAAAGGACACCUACGGGUAGAAAAAAUUCUACAUAUCUUUACUUUUUACCAAUUCUUACAGUAAAUUUUACGUCCUUUAAAUGCAAUAAACCACAGCUUUAGUUUUUUCUCACAAAUUCAAAGGUGGACGCAUUGGAAAAACGUAACUUCAACUUCCUUUUUAUCGAAAACUUAUCGAACCGAAGGUCCCUUUUAACUUUCUCAGUCACAUAUGUAUUCUAGCACACAGUGUAAUACAGCGAACCCGAUACCCACGCCAUUUUUUUUUUAAGACAACUGAUACGA